AUGGAGAGCUUAAACAUUCCAGAAUGGACGCCCGACCAAGUCGCAGAAUGGAUGUCAGGGUUGGGGCCCAAAGUGGCGCAGUACAUUCCAGAGCUACACAAAAAAGGACUGAAUGGCGCCAAGCUAUUGACACUUCGAUGUGAUGACCUGGAAUAUUUAGGCAUAAACAUCAUAGGCCACCAGGAAUUGCUCUUGGAGGCCGUAGAACAUUUGCGAAAUUUUCACUACGAGAUCUCCCGCGAGUGCGUGCAGCAGCUGGCGCUGCGCGUGUCGUCGGCGGCGUGGUCGCUGGCGCGCGCGCUGCGCCACCACGCCGACGCGCGCCUCGAGACGCACUCGCUGGCCGACGUGGCGCGCACCGUGCACGCCGUCAAGCCGCUCGUCUGCUGGUUGGAUAGGUGGCCGCUGGGGUCGCGGUCGCCGCUGGCGGAGCGCAAGGCGGCGCUGCUGAAGCUGUCGCUGGAGGCGGCCACGUGCGCGCAGCGCGACCGCUUCGCCGAGCAGCCCGCGCGCGCCGUGGCCGCCGCCGCCGCCGCGCUGGCCGCGCUCGCCGACUACAUGAUCCAGGACGUGGCCGACCCCAUGAUCCUGCAGCCGGCGUCGCUGGACGCCGUGGCGCUGCGCCAGGGCGAGCGCGCGCUGGGCUUCGAGGUGGUGCCCUCGUUCUGCGGCCACCACCAGCUGGCGCACAUCCGCUUCGCGUCGCCGGCGCACGCGUCGGGGCGCGUGCACGAGGCGGACGAGAUCGUGCAGGUGGGCGGCGCCUGCGUGCUGGGCUGGGGCGGCGACGCCGUGGAGCGCGCGUGCGCGGCGGCGGCGCGCGGCGGCGAGCUGGCGCUGCGCCUGCGCCGGCGCGGCGCGCGCGCGCCCGCCGCGCUGCCCACGCCGCCGCGCGCGCCGCGCGCCCGCGCCCGCGCGCGCCUGCUGCCGCCGCACCACGCGCACCUGCGCCUCAGGUACGAGCUGGAGUGGUGGGGCGCGUGCGGGGGCGCGCGCGCGCCGCCGUCGUCGUCGGACGAGAGCGAGGCGCUGUCGCCGCCCGCGUCGCCCACCUCGCCCGCCGCGCCCGCCGGCGCCGCGCCCGCGCCACGAGUUAUUCAUUUUGAAUGUUUAAUGGUCAGUGUAAAUGUUUAUAUAUAUGACGGUCGCGGUGGCAGGGCGCGCGCGGCGCCGGCGCUGGCGGCGGCGCGGCGCCACUCCGUGUGCGGCGGCUCGCCGCCCGCGCGCCGCCCGCCGCUCGUCAUCGACCACUUCUGGCAGCAGCUGCAGCAGCGGCGCUGGCACGACGCGCCCGGCGCCGCGCUCUACCGCCGCGACAAGGCAGUCUCAUGCAGCACGGGCCUCCAGCUGUCACCUCGGCCGCGCACCUGCCUGGGCGUGCCGCGGCCGCUGGGCGCCGCCCCCGCGCCGCCGCCCGCGCCCGCCCCGGCGCAGCCCGCCCCCGCCCUCGCCCCCGCCCCCGCCCCGGCACCGCCCGCCGCGCGCGGCCGCCUGGACAAGAGCCACUCGGCGCCCGCGUACGAGCCCGCGCCCGCGCCCGCGCCGCCGACGCCCACCGCGCAGCCCAUCCCCGAGUCGCCCACCACGGAGUCGCCGCUGCCGCAGGAGAAGGCGGGCCAGAUACUAGACUUCAAGAAGUCCAGCUCCCAGAUAGAGGAAGCCAUACAGCAGCGCAGCCGCAGGACGCACGACGAUGACAGACCGGACAUAUUCUACGAUGACGACAUUAAGCUCAUCGAUGACGAUAAACUGGAGAUAGUCGAGACGAUCAACACUGUGCUCAGUGAGAGUGUGAAAGCCGUGAAGAUCGAGAGAGAGGACAGCUUGAAAGCCAAAGAGUCAGACACGAGCAGCGAUGACAUACCGAUACCUGUCAAAUACCCUAAGCCACGAAUAACGGAGCGAUUCAGACCAGCCGAGACGCCGCCGUCGCCGCCGCCGCGGCCCGCGCACACGCAGCCGCGCGCCCGCCCGCCCUACCGCGAGACGUGGGAGGCGGUGCCGGGGCGGGCGCGGGGGCGCGGGCGGGCGCGGGGGCGGGCGGCGGGGCGGGCGGGCGCGCGGGGGCGCCGCACGCCGCGCUGCGCCUGCUGCCGCGCGCCGCCGACACGCGCGACCUGUCGCCGCUCAAGCCCAUACGCCCGGGGGACGCCACACAGUUCCACUGCGGCAUAUAACAAAGCACGACAUCAAGCUGAUCUCGACGGAGCGCCGCGAGUUGCCGCCCAUCAACGGCGAGCCGGAGCCGCCCCGCCCGCCCCCGGGGGCGGCGCGCCGGCCGCGGGCCCCGCCCCCGGGGGCGGCGCGCCCAGCAUCGCGGCGGGCGCGGACAGCGACGGCGCACUGGACUCGCCCAAGGCGGGCGCGCUGUCGCCCACCGGCAGCGUCGUGCGCGGCUUCUUCCCUUCUUCCAAGUCCAGGAGCUUGAAGAAGAAAAACUCUAUACUAGCCAAGCGGCGCGAGGUGCCGGCGCGCGCGCUGGCGGCGCGCGGCGCGGGCGGGCGCGCGUGGCAGCGCGUGCGCGGCGCGGGCGGCGCGCGCUGGGCGGCGCGCCUGCUGGUGCUGGCGGCGGGCGCGCUGUACGCGUUCCGCGGCGCCGACAGCGCGCGCGCCGCCUGCAUGGUGCGCCUGGCCGGCUUCACGGCGGCGGCGGCGGGCGAGGUGCACUCGCGCGCGCACGCCUUCAAGGUGUACCACACGGGCGUGUGCUUCUACUUCGCGGCGGCCUCGCGCGACGCCAUGCUGGCGUGGCUGGCGCUGCUGCAGCGCGCCGCGCUCGUGCCCGCGCCGGCGGACCUAUCGAAACAGUACUCAGAAACUGAGUACUCAGAAACAGAAUCAGACUCAGAAUGUUCUGAGCGAAGGAGCGAGAGGGAGAGGGAAAGAGAAAGGGAGAGGGAGAAGGAAAAGGAGAAAUCUAAAUUUGGUUCUUUGAAGAAGUUAACUCACCGCGCGGGUCGAAGUGAGUCACAAGAGAAUGUAAACCAACCCGCUGCGACUAGUUUAGAUAGAAAAUAUUUAAGAAUUUUCUCAAGAACGAAACCUAAAGAAGAAAAAGAUAAAAGUGGAAAGAAGGCGCCGGGCGGGGGCGGGGGCGGGGGCGGGGAGCAGGCCCGCGGGCGGCGCGCGCCGCCGCAGCCCAUCAACUACAUACACGCCUCCAACCCCAACCUGCUCGACUUCGAGAAGAGCGACUUCGUCACCAAGCCCGCCAUACAGGUACCGAAACCCAAAGUGCACAAGGCCGACAAUCUGGUCGGGUUCGUGACACUGGAGGAGUUCAUGCUGAAGAAGCAGGAGGAGGAGCGCCAGCAGCUGUACAGCAACCGCGUGCUGCUGGGCGUGGAGCGCGGCCGCGGCCUGCAGCAGCGCCUGGCGCGCGUGGCGCCCGACGCGCCGCCCGCCCCCGCGCCCGCCCUACCCCCGCCGCCCGCCCUGCCGCCGCCGCCGCCGCCCGCCCCCGCCCCGCCCGCCGCGCCGCCGCGCGCCAAGCCCGUGUCCGUCACCGGCAAGGACGGAUACGAGAAAAUAGUGUACCCGGAUGAGUGUCAGCUACGAAGCGUGCACUCCGGCUCGCCGCCCGCGCCGGCGCCCACGCUGACGCCGCACGACGGCUGGAGCGCGGGCGUUCCGGGGGCUCCGGGGGGUGCAGGGGUUCCGGCGGACGCGGGGGUCCCGGGGGUGCCGGGGGUCCCGGGGGGCGCGGGCGGCACGAGCGUGUCGCUGCUGCGGCAGAUGUUCGGCGGCGCGCGGCGCGACCUGCAGCGGCAGGAGAGCCAGCGCUCGGAGCAGUACGCGCACCUGCAGUGCCCGCCCACCUUCCAGCCCGAGACCUACUCGCUGCGCCCGCCGCGCCGCGAC